AGCAACAGCAGAAGCAGAGUGAGGAUGUGGCGUCCGAGUCAUCAGGACGAAGUCUGCGAGGAAGUCGGUUGUUUGGUGGAGUGAAUUUAGGGUUUUCUUUAUCUUCUGACUCGCGGAGGUCCCGACGCUGAUAUCGCGAUAAACUCGCCUCGCUGCUCGUUGGUCGACCUCGAUUCUUCUCUGCUUCCUCUCCUCUUCUUCUUUUCCUCUUCGUCGCUGCUCUUCUUCUCUGUCUCCUCCUACAUCCAAUUGAUAUCACAAUUGACCUCACAAUUGACCACAAUGGACUCCGAAUUCGACACCCUCAUCAUCAACGCCAAAAUCGGUACCGCCUCCGAAUGCUUCCCCGGUGACAUCGCCAUCAAGGACGGCAAGAUCUUCGCCAUCGCUCCCGAUCUCAAGGCCUGCAAAGCCAAGAACGUCAUCGAUGCCGAGGGCGCCUACGUCACCCCCGGCGGUGUCGACGGACACACCCACGUCGACCAGGAGUCCACCCCCGGCGGUGCGGACUACCCCUACCGCGGAGCCGACGGCUUCGAGACCGGUUCGCGCUCGUCCAUCGCCGGUGGCACGACCACCUUCAUCGGCUUCGCGAUGCAGCACAAGCACCGUCCCGAGCACACCCUCUCCGACGUCAUCGGCCACUACCACGACUGCGCCAACGGCAACUCGUACGCCGACUAUGCUUUCCAUCUGAUCAUCACCGACCCCACCCCCGAGCGCCUGUCCGAGUUCCCGGACCUGAUCCCCAAGUUCGGCAUCUCGUCCGUCAAGCUCUACAUGACCUACGACCGCCUCAAGCUCUCGGACUACGAGGUCCUGCACACCAUCUCGAGCGCGCGCAAGAACGGCAUCACCCCCAUGAUCCACGCCGAAAACAUCGACAUCAUCUCGUUCUUCUCCGAAGAGCUCGAGAAGCUUGACCUGCUCGACCCCUACUCGCACGCCCGCUCGCGGCCCGCCCUCGCCGAGCACGAGGCUACCAACCGCGCCAUCACCCUCUCCGAGGUCGUCAACGUGCCCAUCCUUCUCGUGCACGUCUCCUCCCCCGGAUCGGUCCAGCGCAUCCGCAAGGGCCAAGGCAAGGGUCUGCCAAUCUACGCCGAGACCUGCCCUCAGUACCUUCUCCUGACCGACGCCGGUCUGCAGAAGCCCAACUACGAGGGCGCCAACUGCGUCUGCUCGCCGCCUCUGCGCCCGUCCAAGGAGGACCUCGACGGCCUCUGGAACGGUCUCCGCAACGGAACCUUCACAAUGGUCUCCUCCGACCACUGCCCGUUCCGCACCGACGAGCCGCUCGGAAAGCCGGUCGCUAUCAAGGACUCGGGCAAGGCCGGCGGUGACUGGCGCUUGAUCCCCAACGGUAUCCCCGGAAUCGAGACCCGUGUGCCGCUGAUGUUCACGUUCGGCGUCUGCACCGGCCGUCUGUCGAUCGAGCGCUUUGUGCAGCUCACGUCGACAAACACCGCCAAGCUCUACGGCAUGUACCCGCAAAAGGGCUCGAUCAUGCCCGGCGCCGACGCGGACCUCAUCAUCUGGUUCCCGCAGGACAAGUACAAGCCCACGAAGCUCACCAACGACAUGCUGCACCACAACUGCGACUACACCGCUUUCGAGGGCCUGGAGAUGCUCAACUGGCCCCGCUACACCAUCCUCCGCGGCGAAACCGUCUGGGAUGGCGAGAAGGGCGAGGUCACGGGCAAGAAGGGAUUCGGAAAGUACGUCCCGCGCGAGAAGAGCUGGUACGCAAAGAACCAGGUCUUGUUUGACGACAUCACCCAGGACGCCUGGAAGAACGAGUGGCGCCCGACUGUCGAGCGUAUCUAAGCUUGUCUUUUAUAGAUAUGCUGAAGAGUAGUCAUUGAAUAGGAACUUGUAAUAAUCUUAAUAAAGGCUCAUAACCAGCAUUGAACCUCUCAUAGCUCGCUCAAUAGCGAUUAGUCAUGCCAUAAUGCAAACAUGUGAC